CGCCUGGGCUGUUUACCCCAGUGCCCAACCGUAAGAAAAGCUUGAAUAUGCUCAAUGAAUGGUUACACCGAAUUGAUAUUAAUGCGAUAAUUAUAUACUAUUAUGAAUGGUAAAGGUGAGAGGAAGUAGUGAUUCUGGUAUUAUUCUUCAUAUUCGUGAGAUGCUUUAUCUGUGCACAGUUUUAGCCAUACUUAUGAGCUUGGUUGCAAACACCAGCGUAUGGCCAAGAGCGCAUUUAGUUGUGGGCUGGUAUGUUUAUUAUAAUAUACUAGUAUGUAUCUCAAAUCCUUGUACGUUUAUAAGCUCGCUUUAAACGGUUAGAUGUUUGUAAAGGGGAUCUUGUGGUUUAUACCCAGCCAGUCGUGUACCUUCUUGUGUAAGG